GGAAUCCGUUCAUUUCAUUGUUUGGUUGAGGUGAGGCACCGCAAGUCUCCCCAAUUCAGCUGCGCACCGCCGUAUCAAAACGUAUAUUUCUAAUAUUUCGGCCAAUCACAUGCCAUUUGCGUGUUCACAACAGAAAAAAAUGCAUGCCCGACUAAUCUGACAGUCUUUUAGACUGUUAAAUUUUCUGUUAAUACAGUCAUACUCCACACCGGCAUCGCCACUGCUACAACCGGAAACCGAUGGCGGCAGCAGCAGCAGCAGCAGGAACUGGAGCUCUUGUGUUUUCUUCCCCCUUCUCGCCUGUUCGUCUUCGUCGUCUAGAGACCAGCUGGAGACCGAUUCGACUUUCAGCUGUAUCAUCAACAGAGACGCCAAAUACGAUAAAAACGACCACGACUUCUAGGGAGAACGGAAGGCCGAGGUCGGAGAAGACGGGGAAAGAGGAAACCGAGAGGAGAGUGAUUGAUUACUCGAAUCCGGAGCCGGAGCCGGAGCCGGAGCCGAGGAAGAGAUUAAAGGAUUUCUUUCAAGAGUGCCAUGAGUUGAUCAGAUCGGACGGCGGUGGUCCGCCCCGCUGGUUCUCGCCCUUGGAGUGCGGGUCCCGCGAUCCAAAAUCUCCUCUCCUCCUCUUUUUACCUGGUAUCGAUGGCACUGGGCUUGGCCUUAUAACGCAUCACCAUAAACUUGGGAAGAUCUUUGAUAUGUGGUGCUUGCAUAUCCCACUGAAGGAUAGAACAUCAUACAUGGGCCUACUGAAGCUAGUUGAAGAAACAGUUAGGUCAGCAAACUACACAUCACCAAAUAGACCAAUAUAUCUUUUUGGUGAGUCUCUAGGAGGAUGCAUCGCAUUAGAUGUUGCGGCUCGGAACCCAGAUAUUGAUCUCGUGCUGAUUUUGGCCAAUCCAGCUACAUCAUUUAGCAGAUCCCAAUUACCUCCUCUGAUACCUCUACUAGAAGUCAUGCCCGACCACCUGUUACCAACUCUCAAGCACACACUGACCUCCUUGAUAGGUGAACCAUUAAAGUUAGCUGUGGAUAAUUUCUUGAAGGGACUUCCUCUGCCACAAACAGAUGCUCAGUUUUCGGAGGAUAUUGUUGCACUGCCAACUUAUUUAUCUGUUCUGACUGAUGUGUUACCUAGAGAAACACUUCUAUGGAAGCUACAUAUGCUCAAAUCUGCUUCAUCAUCUUCCAAUUCACACCUCCAUGCUGUAAAAGCCCAAUCACUGAUACUAUGCAGUGGAAGGGAUCAGUUGCUGCCCAGUCAAGAGGAAGGUCAAAGACUUUACAAAGCACUGCCAAAAUGUGAGAUUCGUAGGUUUGAGGAAAGCGGUCACUUUCUGUUCUUGGAUGAUAAUAUUGAUUUGGUAACAGUCCUCAAGGGUGCCAGUUUCUAUCGUCGUGGGAAGUACUUUGACUAUGUAUCUGAUUUCAUACCUCCGACACCUUCUGAAUUCGGGAAAAUAUUGGAAUCAUGCAGAAUCCUACUCCUUAGCACUAGCCCUGUGAUGUUCUCGACUUUGGAGGAUGGAAAGGUGGUGAGGGGCCUUGCUGGAAUGCCCUCAGAAGGACCAGUCUUGUUGGUUGGCUAUCACAUGUUACUGGGAAGUGAAUUAUAUCCGUUAAUCAGCCAGAUUUUGAUUGAGAGAAAUAUUCUUGUGCGGGGGUUGGCACAUCCAUUUGCAUUUACGAGAUUGAAAGAUGGCAUGCUCCCUGAGGUUUCUACAUUUGACUCAUAUAGAAUAAUGGGUGCCGUUCCUGUGUCAGGACCCAAUUUCUAUAAACUUCUUUCUGCGAAGUCUCAUAUCCUACUCUAUCCUGGAGGCAUGCGUGAAGCUCUUCAUAGGAAGGGUGAAGAAUACAAGUUAUUCUGGCCAGAACAGUCUGAGUUUGUGAGGAUGGCAGCUAGAUUUGGAGCCAAAAUUGUACCUUUUGGUACCAUUGGAGAAGAUGAUGUUGCUCAGGUAAUUACUUUGAAAUUUUUCUCUCCAAAAAAAUUGUAACACCACUAUCCAGCAUAGCAUGUUGGUUUGGAUCAUAUAUUGUAUCAAUGAAGCAUCCAUGCCAAUUUUGAUUGACAAAUGAACAUUGAAGCUCCUUAGCGAAAUCAAUAUCUGCAUCACCAGCUUCUUCAAAAUCUAGUUUCGUCAUGGUAAGUGGCAUCUGGACAUUCUUUUGAGGGCUUUUUGAUCAUAAGUAUAUGCAUGUACUUUAAUGGACGACACCUCGUGGAAAAUCCCACAUAAGUGAGUUAAGGGGAACUUAUGGACUAAAAUACGAUAUGGACUACACCUCUUGUUAUUUGGUUUUAGGUGGGAUGUUUACAUGGAAUCAGAGUUAAUGGAUUGUUAGCCUGUUUAGUGUUGUUGGCUGAUGGGCCAUGGUUGUAAGUACUAGGCCUGGAUGUGAGGGGAAGGGUUAAGAGGAGAACAUCAUUGAGUUAAGGGGUUGACAAAUACAAUGUGGAUUACUGUGCUUUCUGUGCUUUACCUUCAAGGCCCAAUUUGUUACCUGUUCACCUGCUCUGCUUAAUUUCUGAUAUUCUUUGUGACUAAUUUU